AUCCUUUAUUAUGUAUAUUUACGGAGCAAUGAAUGGCGAGGCGUAUACACGAGGGAACUGAAACUCUGAAAGGAUAAACAAUCAUAACUAUUUCAUUUUCGAGGUUCCGCACAUUCCAGAUACUCUUGCAUAAAUAUUUUGCGUCGAUUGUCAGAUAACAAAGCCUUUUGAAAUGGAAAGUUAACAAAUUCUUUGUACUGUUUUGGAUUGAAAAAAGUUGAAUAUGAAUAUAAGAAAUCACAGGCACACGAGGGGUAACCUAACAUUCAAUGAAGUAGGCAGAAAUCAUGAAUGACUAGGGUUCAAUAUCUUAGCAUAGACAAUAAAAAAAAAAAAAAAAAAGGCUAGUGAUUUCUUUUCUUCUGCUGAACUUUUGAGAAUAGAGUUAAUGAAUGAUACUUAUGGCAAAGUGGAGGUGAAUUCAGGAUUGAAGCUUUUUAGCCUAGAAGUUAUUUUCUUGAAGUUAGGGAUUUUAGAUGAACCAGAUACCUGAAAGCUCCAUCCGCCUCAGUAGGUAGCAUGUCUUUGUAGUCGAAGUGCCCAAAGAGACGAGCAAUUUCCUGGAAGAUGAAUUUUGAAUAACCCCAUUUCCAUAGGCAAAUGAAUUGCGAUGAAAUGGUCUUUCCUCAAACUAAAUAGAAGCACUUCCCGCCAAAGGUUAAAUCCUACUGCACUAUCUCAAUCAUCUGUCUCUUUGCUUCUUCUUCUUGUUGCUGUUGUUGUUCAUAUGAAAAGAGGUAGCCGAGAAGUUGAGCGGAGUAUACUCCGUCUACUCCACGGCCAAAAAUCUCCAACUCAACUCACUCAAAUCCAUGCCCACAUCCUUCGCCACAACCUUCACCACUCUAAUCAGCUCAUCUCUCACUUCAUUUCCAUAUGCGCCUCUCUUAACAGAAUGCUUUACGCUUCCCUCAUAUUUCAACACUUUCAAAAUCCCAAUAUCUUCCUUUUCAACUCCGUCAUCAAAGGUUACUCCUUAAAUGGCCCUUAUCAAAAUUCUGCCCUCAUUUUUUCCGCUAUGAAACGACGUGGCAUUUGGCCUGAUGAGUUCACUCUUGCUCCUUUACUUAAAGCUUGUGUUAAUCUUGAGGAUUUGAGAUUGGGUCAAGGUGUACAUAAGCAUGUGCUUUCACUUGGGUUUGAGAGAUUUGGGUCGAUAAGGGUUGGGGUUGUCGAGUUGUACUCUGGAUGUGGGAGGAUAAAUGAUGCGAAGAAGGUGUUCGAUGAAAUGCCUCAAAGAGAUGUGAUUCUUUGGAAUUUGAUGAUUAAGGGUUAUUCUCAAACUGGAAAUGUGGAUAUGGGAUUUUGGUUGUUUAGGGAAAUGGGUGAGAGGACCGUUGUUUCUUGGAAUUUGAUCAUUUCAUCGUUAGCACAAAAUGGGAGGGAAAAGGAUGCUUUGGAACUUUUUCAUGAAAUGAGGAAUAGUGAGUUUGAGCCUGAUGAAGCUACUGUAGUUACUGUGUUACCUGUUUGUGGUCAAUUAGGAGAGCUUGAUUUGGGAAUGUGGAUUCAUUCUUAUGUUAAGUCUAAAGGCCUUUAUCCCAAGCUCGUAUCCGUUGGCAAUGCAUUGAUUGAUUUCUUUGGAAAAUCUGGUGAUUUGGAGACUGCUUUUACGAUAUUCAAGGACAUGCCUAGGAAAAAUGUAGUUUCUUGGAAUGCAGCGCUAUCAAACUGUGCUUUUAACGGGAAGGGUGAAUUGGGAGUACAAUUGUUUGACGAGAUGUUAGAUGAAGGAGUGAGACCUAAUGAUUCGACUUUUGUGGGUGUUUUAGCAUGUUGUGCCCAUGCAGGUUUGAUUCAAAGAGGGGGAGAUUUGUUUGAUUCUAUGAUUGCUAAUCAUGGUAUAGAGCCAACAAUUGAGCAUUAUGGAUGCAUGGUUGAUCUUCUAGGUCGUGGUGGUUGUCUAAAAGAGGCUCAUAAACUGGUGAAAACCAUGGCAAUGAAACCGAAUGCUGCUAUAUGGGGUGCAUUGGUUAGUGCUUGUCGUACUCAUGGUGAAAUGGAGCUCGCCGAAUGUGCACUCAAGGAACUUAUUAAACUUGAACCUUGGAAUUCCGGUAACUAUGUAUUGUUAUCCAAUAUUUAUGCUGAUAGAGGAAAAUGGGAAGAAGUUGAAAAGGUGAGAGUGUUGAUGAGGGGAAAUAGCAUUAAGAAAUCACCAGGACAGAGCACAAUUGUUUGAUCGUUUGUUGACUUUGAGCCUGUUUGGAUGGGCUUAUGUCUAUAAGCUGUUUGCAGCUUGUAAGCUAAAAAAAAAUAAGUUGGGGUAGUCUAACUUAUUUUUUUUUGGCUUAUAAGCUGUUUUCAGCUUAUAAGCUGCUUUAAAUAAGCUAAGUCAAAUAGGCCCAAUUAUUUUUUUUAGCUUAUUUUAAGCACAAAAUGACUUUAAGCUGGCCAGCCAAACACUCAAAAAAGCUGAAAAUAGCUUAUAAGCAGUUUAUAAGCAACUUAUAAGCCAAUCCAAACGGGCUCUUUAUUCAUCAUGUGGCUAGUCUUUAGCUGCACCCUAGACUAUUGGGUGUUUGCUCAUUGCAUCAAGAUAUGGCCCCUUGCUUUUAUGAACAGCUCUUUUCCUCAACUAAAUCAAUGAAUGGCAAUAAUCCCCAAGGAGAGAAACAUAUUGAAGGGAUUUUGACUUUCUUUGGACUUUGAAUGCAUGAAAGUGAAUUGAACUUGAAGAACCCCGCAUUGCAGUUUAGACAGUAUGAUGCAAGUCUAAAGUAAAAAAGAGAGCUCUAUAUGGCCUUAGCUCUGAAACUGGAAUUUGGUUGAGCCAUUUUUCCUGGCUUUUAUUCCCGCAUGAUUUUAACUGUUUUGUCUCACUUUUUUUUUUUUUGAUUGGGAAAUUGAAAGCAAGAGGGGUUGAGUUGCUGAUAGUAUUUUGUGAGUUAUGGCAGUAAUGUUAUAGUUUAGACAUGGGGUAGAAGAGGAGAAUGGAAAGAAACUUGCUAGAUGUGCAAGUCACCACUUCUAGGUUCCAUCUCCUGUUUCCUGUUUUGCUGUAUUUCUCUUCAAUUGAUAUACUAACAAAGAGUAAAAAAGAUACUCCUAGUUAAAAGAUCAAAUUGGGUCUUUUUUCUUCUUUUUAUAAGUGAAGAAAUGGCCAAUGGGUAUUUUCUCUCGUUUUCCUUUUUGUUGAAUUUUCACAGUUCGAAUUUGAGGACCAAAAAAAAAAAAGCAGCAUGAAAAAAAAGUGGAGAUGCGGGGUAUCGAUCCCCGUACCUCUCGCAUGCUAAGCGAGCGCUCUACCAUCUGAGCUACAUCCCCGUGUGUUAUAUGUUUGUUUGUUUUGCAUUGUUGGCUUGUUUUUAACAAUAUAAAGCUUACCGGUUCACAUGUCAACACAAAUCUGUCUUGCAGAUUAGUGAGACCUCUUUCUUGGGUACUUUGAAGAUCGCUGCUUUUAAACAAUUCUUGUGUACCUGAAUAUUUAGGUACUUUGAAGACGCAGUAUACGCAGCUUUUUGGUCGAGAAAAAACCCGGUAUGCAUAUCUAGCUUGUAAACAUUAUCUCAAUGGACUGACAGACUUUUCCGCAGGGUAAAGGCGUUAACUGGAACGUUGAAGAUCCACAACGAACACCUUGUGAUGAGAACAGGAUAUAGGUUUAGUUAAUUAUAAUUCCCCAAACCCAAUAUAGACAAUAAACUUUGUUAAACUUUUGUAUAUAUAGUCAGAAAGCUCCUGAUGGUAAUAUAUAUAGCAGUCUUGCCGUAACAAAGUUAAAUCAACGGCUGGAUUUUUUCCUGCUCAUCUGGAUCUGCAAGUGAGUAGGAGAUGAGUAUCUUGAUUGCUAUUGGUAUUUGCUAGUGAACCACCCACCCCUAAUUUACUUUUUCUCUAUGGAACAUCCA